AUGGGAAAAUUGCAACCUUCACCCACAUUAAAACCUGAUUUCCAAAAUCCUGCACAUAAUAUGGGAGGACUUCCUAACCAUUCGCUUGUUAUUUUCAAUCUGACCGAGUUCUAUGUGGUACCCUCCUUCUACGUCGUUGCCACACCAGACGAGGAAUUGGAUAAAACUUUUUAUAGAACAGAUACGACAGAAAAGUUAGCUCUGGAUCAUCAAUUGAUUUUUGCUUAA